AUGGAUGCAACCAAGUCAAACAAUGGAGAAAAACCGGGAUGCAACGUUAACCCAAUCUCUAGUCAAAAUCAACCAAAAAAAGGAACUCAUCAAGAAAGUGUUCAAAAUUGGGCAGAAGUCAAUGAAGAAGGAACAUCCCAAAGAAAAACUCGUGGGAAAACUUUGUGCAAAAAGAUUCAUGCAAGAACUUUGGAAGAACGAGCAUAA